CUCUGUCUUGCUUGUUGUCUCUCUGUCAAUUAGUUCGCCGACUUCUCUUUCUUCUUCUUCUUUCAUCCAUUUGUGGCUUCAGUUCUCCUCACGGGUACCGAAAAAGAACCGCAAUCCGAAUCCCUCACUCUUUCUCCGCCUGGUCAAUCAGCUACGCCGGCCGCCGGGAUCGCCACCGGAGCCGAUCUCGACUUUCGUGAGUUCGUUUUAGAUUCUGGUCAGCUCUAGUUCCGAUUAUCGGGAAACCGGAAACGCAGCCCCUCCUUAUGGAACGGAUCGUCGGAGGGAAGUACAAGCUAGGUCGGAAGAUCGGCAGCGGAUCUUUUGGUGAAAUAUUUCUCGCUACUCACAUCGACACGUUUGAGAUCGUAGCUGUGAAGAUUGUAAGUUCUUCCCCUUCCUUGGCGAUCGUGUUGCUUAACCAUCUCUUGCGUGAGAAUAGUAAAACGAAGCAUCCGCAGUUGCUCUACGAGGCCAAGCUGUAUAAUAUUCUUCAAGGAGGAAGCGGCAUUCCCAGCAUAAAGUGGUCUGGCUUGGAUGGGGAGGACAAUGUGCUAGUGCUUGAUUUGCUCGGGCCAAGCCUUGAGGACCUCUUUGUCUACUGCGGGAGGAAGUUCUCGCUAAAGACUGUGUUAAUGUUGGCUGAGCAAAUGAUUACAAGGAUUGAAUAUGUACAUUCGAAAGGUUUUCUGCACAGAGACAUUAAACCUGAUAACUUCCUCAUGGGUCUUGGUCGUAAAGCAAACCAGGUCUAUAUAAUUGAUUUUGGGCUUGCAAAAAGAUAUAGAGACGCGGUAUCAAAUCGCCAUAUUCCUUACAGAGAGAACAAGAACUUGACAGGAACUGCUCGCUAUGCAAGUUGCAAUACUCAUCUUGGCAUUGAGCAAAGCCGGCGUGAUGAUUUGGAGUCACUUGGCUAUGUGUUGCUAUAUUUUUUGAGAGGAAGCCUUCCAUGGCAGGGUUUGAAAGCGGCUACGAAGAAGCAGAAGUACGACAAGAUAUGUGAAAAGAAAGUUCUAUGCAAAUCUCACCCGGUGGAGUUUGCUUCAUACAUGCAUUACUGCCAUUCGCUGACAUUUGAUCAACGGCCUGAUUAUGGAUUCUUGAAGCGCCUGUUUCGUGAUCUAUUCGUACGUGAAGGAUAUGAGUUUGAUUAUGUAUUCGAUUGGACCAUUAUAAAGUACCAGCAGGCACAGAAGAACCGAUCUCAGCCUCGAUUACCGCAAGUAACUGGAACAAGUGGCAGCCAUGCAGUUCAAAGAGAAAAUGCAAAUCAACAAGGAAGUAGUAAUGCCGCGUAUGCUUCCGAGGUUGUACAAUCUAUGGGUCCUGGCAUUCAUAUGCAAUUGAAAUCCUCAACUGGCAAGAAUGUGGUUUCUGAUAAUCAUGCUGACAGGAAUGUUGUAAGUGAUGCACAUAUGCCUUCUAGUUCAUUUUCAUAUGCUGCGACUUCAAGAAGAAAUGCUGCAAAACCAGGCGCCUUGCCAACUGAAGCAACAAGUGGCCAUGGACAUCCUAGCAAGGUCGCUCCGUCUGGCAGCUGGAUCUCAUCAUUGCAGCGCAUUCAUUCUGCCAAAUGAUCUGGAUGCCGAGGAUGUUGUGAAAGGAGGUUAUAAUGAUACAUCAGUUGGAGGCUGAAAAGAAGUUGGCGAUCUGGUAUCAUGCUUUCAGCUAUGUAUGUACUCGAGAUGCAGAUGCUUGCAAUCCAAUUUGCUUUGUUCUUGUUGAAAGUGGAUCUCAGUAUUUGUUCUUUAAGGGUUUUUUGUAGCCUGAAAUAUUCCACAGAAGUUAUCAAUUGGGAACCAUUCUCGGGAUGGAGUCUUAGGACUAUGGAGGAUCUGACGCAUGAUACUCGUGAGCUGAUUUAGUGACUGCAAACUGCCAUGUAAUGAAAUGAGGUUGUAAUUCGAAGUCAUGGAUGCUGGUGUCGCUGCAGGUGCAGAUAUCUGCCAUGACUCCUGCUUGGUUCCCCAGUUGCAGGUUUGAUCCAAGUAAGAAACUGAAACUGGCCGCUCCUUUUUGUUGGUAGUACUAAGCAUGGGUACAGCCGAUCACAAGAUGGUGUACUACUUCUGAAGUUGUGUUGUGUUGAGAUGAGAAGGCUGAGCAGUUUUAGCUUACUCUCACCGAGCUGUUGGUAAUGGAUAACAGAUAACAGAGAUAUGUUGUAGCCAGCAUAUGUAGGAAUCAUUUGGUAAUGGUUGGAAGACAUUUUUGGUACAAGGGCAACCUAUAUCUUGCUUUUGCCAAAAUUGUUGAUAUUGAGUACCUUGUUCGACAAGAGUCCGGAGGUGAAGGAAGCAGCUGGGGCAUGAUGUCCAAAUUUACUUCUCAUAUUUGAGGCGGUCGCUAUGGUGAUGGCAAUUCCAAAGCGGCAGGUGAACUUUCUUCUCCAAUCCGCGAGAUCUAGUUUCAGGUUGUGGUAAUAGCUGAUGAGAAAUCAGUUGGACAAGAGCAAAGAAAAGAAAGCUUUUGGAUGUAUAUAAACGGUUGCAGCAGGGUGUGGAAAUUCCGAAAUUGUGUCGGGAAGCAAAGAUGGAGGGUACAGUGUGGUAAACCAGAAUGACAAGGAUGAGAUGCGAGGCUGGUGGUAUAGAGCAAUCACAUGAUGGUACAGAUGGUACCUGUUACUGAAUUCUUCGUAUGCUGGGAGGUCGGUUCAUCUGGAUUGCGUGUUAUUCAGUUUCAUUGUGCCGAAGCGGUGCUGAGACUGCGUCCAGGUUUGUUCCGUAGGUAUAACCGUUUAUUCUCUCCAUGGAACUAUGCUCCACGGCUUGCAGCUCUCAUAUUUUCCCUCCAUAAGCAAUUGUUUCUCUACUUGAAUAGUAUGACAGUGAAAAUGGAUUAUUUCAUGAUAAUAUCAACUUAUGAAACGCCAUAACUUUAACAGUGGAUUUGGUUCUCCUAAGUUGACGCUUUCCUUGCGUGUAUUGUUAGGGUUCGUGGAAAUGGAUUGAAUCUCAAAUCUUAUACUCAGAAGAUAAGCUGAUCAACCAUCAUGUUACACCCCUGUGGUUCUUAGUUGAGGUUCUUUUCUCAUACACCAACAAACACCCGGCGAAAGGAAAUGAUCAAUUUCUUCAUCGCGAGUUGAGUUCUUGCCUCGUACACCAACAAACCAGGACGAAAAGAAAUGUUCAAUUUAUUCAUCGCGCUCUUUGUUAUUGUUUAUCUCGAGCUUGGGUACUUGGAAUGGAAGAGCAGCAAGGCUAUCUGUAGACAGUUCUGAAGAAAUCCAUGGUUCAAUACAAACGUCCAUUGAUAAGGCUACUUUUUGGCUUUGAAAUGCUCCACUUGAGAUUUGCUAUUAUGAACUGUGAAGUAACAAUCAAAAUAGACAACGAAGAACCUGGACACUGAAGGUUCGUUUUGUAUCAAAGAAUCGAGUGAGAGGCUGUGUUUAAGUUCAAUCAAAAAGUUGUCUAAGAAGAAAAAUGAUAACCC